AUGACUGUAACUUUAUUACCAACACAUGGACACGAAGACCAAAAUGCAGCAUCCGAUCAUCAGGCUUCGAAAACUAAGAUAAUUUUCAUAUCGCUUCUUUUCGUAGUCUCAUUAUCUUCAUUUGUUCUACAAACAGAACUUACGUCCCAGGUGUUCCAGCUCGGGUUUAAUGAACCGGUAGUUAUGCUAUUAGUUACUCAUGGAGCUUGGUGGAUAUUGUGGCCGAUGCAGGUGCUUAUUAUUUCUAUCUGGAGAACAGGCAAGAAAAUCCAACUGCAGUCCAAAACUAGACAUGGAGGCAGUUCUCGCUACCAAAGGUUAGACUCCAACUCACAGUUGUUAGAGAAUGGAGAUGUUCCUACACGCUCAGAUGACCAUGGAUCGCUUGACAUUUUGAAAUAUUUAAGAAAAGCUAUUGUCAGACAGGUUCGUAAUGUUUACCAUACAUCAAUCUUGAUCUACGAAGCUAAUGUCAACGAUGAUACGUCCACAUAUAACUGUCACAAGCUUAUAGACCAGAAUCCCCGUAUUUUGAGUUCGAGCUCUUUGACCGAAUGUUUCAAGACUUUUUUUUCCACCGAAUCAUUCAAAUACAUUUUUGUGAAGAGUGCUAUAAUCACGGUGAUUUUAACGGUUGCCGGAGGCUCCUGGUUCGUCUCCAUGGCCAUGACUUAUGCCUCCGAUGUGACCGCGAUUUAUAAUUGUUCUGCGUUCACAGCUUAUGCCUUUGCCAUCCCAAUAUUGCAAGAAAAGUUCUCUUGGUUGAAAGCAAGUUCAGUUGUGGCAGCAGUUGCAGGAGUCUUCAUUGUUGCCUAUUCCGACGACGGGUCGUCAGAUGCGCCAACAGGUUCCGACGGUGAAGAGCUCUAUCCUAAUAGACUCUGGGGAAAUUUGAUUAUCUUUAUCGGUGCCAUCUUGUAUGGGUAUUACGAAGUCUUAUAUAAGAAAUACACCUGUAUUCCACCACAUUUGGUCAAAAUUAUUACUCCACGUCGUCAAUUAACCUUUGCAAACUUUAUCAUGUCUAUAUUUGGUGUGUUUACGGCAAUAAUAUUGGUAAUAAUUAUGGUCUUCGGUGAAAUAUUCCAUAUCCAUAGUUUCAACUUUUUCAAUUACGGUGACAAUACUUUGAAGAUCUGGGCUUUUAUCUGUGGUUCUUCUCUUGCAAAUAUCUUAUUCAGUGCGCUGUUUUUGUCUCUUAUGGCACUCACCAACCCAGUUUUGUCUUCGGUUAGUUCGUUGUUGACUAUUUUCUUAAUUGGAAUUGUUGAAUGGUUUCUUUUUGGUAACAAGUUGAGCUUCCAACAAUUACUUGGAGACCUCUUUGUUAUUAUCGGGUUUAUCAUGUUGACUACUGCUUCAUGGAAAGAAAUUAGUGAGGGUAAUGACGAUGACGACGUCGAAAACGUCAGUACUCUUUCAUUCGCUAUCAGUACUGAAGGUUGA